AUGUGUGAAGUUAAGCCUAACUAUUUCACUUGUACCCUCGGAGAGGCUGUGUUCUUACGCAAACAUGGAAAUGCGUCUGCUCAACCGUUUCAAACUGUUCUGGACCUAAUUAAAUGCCGGGCGAGGGAUAACCCCAACUCGGCGGCCCUAGGAUUUGCCAAUCCGCGAGAGAAGUUGCGCACGAAAGGUUUCAUCACCUUCGCUGAGUUGUAUGAACUCUCACGCAUUGCCGCAUCGGUACUCAAGCAGACAUUGUCUAAAAGCGAUGAUGAUGGACACUCAUCUACUGUAGGACUAUUCUGCCACAGUAGUCUUGACCUUGUUCUCUCUUGGCUUGGGCUCUUGCAAUUACGCCGAACAGCAUUUUUCCUUGCGCCGCAAUUAGAAGCCUACGCUGUUGAGCACCUUUGCCAGGAAACUGGCAUCCGUGAGGUACUAGUGGAUGAUGCCCACAGGAGUCAAUUGUCGCAGAUUGGGGGAGAUAUCAAGAUCAAUGCAAUCCCAUCCUAUCAUGGAGAACGAGCGCUAGCAACUGAUAUACCAGAAGAAAAUGCUGGGCCAGCAUCGGCGUCAAGCGUUGUAUUUUUGCAGCAUACUUCUGGCACCUCAUCUGGUUUACCAAAGCCAAUAGUUGAAACAGAAUGGGGUGCUGUAGGUUGCUUACCAGUCUCUAUUGACCGUAACCCGGUAGCUACUUUUACAACAACACCGUUCUAUCAUGGCGGCGUCGCGGACUCGCUCCGAGCCUGGACAAGCGGGGCUAUGAUAUGGUUUUUCCCUGAAGGUGCAAUGCCCAUUACGGGUGAUAACAUCAUCCUGGCAGUGAAUGAUGCCCGCAAGAGAAGCAAGGAGGCCUGUGUCAAAUAUUUCUCUUCUGUCCCAUAUGUCCUGCAGAUGUUACUUGAGGUCGAAGGAGGCGCUGGGAUCGAGCUGCUAAAGUCAAUGAGCCUUGUUGGAGUAGGAGGUGCCCCCCUUCCGCCAGCGAUAGGAGAUAGCCUCGUACAGUCAGGGGUUAAGCUCCUGUCACGUAUGGGCAGUGUCGAGUGUGGGUUUCUGAUGUCCUCCCAUCGCAAGUAUAGUGAGGACAAACAGUGGGAAUAUCUAAGAGUAAUGGACGACUCCAGCCUACUGGAAUUCGAGCCUCGGGGGGACGGCUCUUAUGCUACAGCGGACCUCUUUGAGCCGCACCCCCAAACGCCUAACGCUUGGCGAUACCAUGGACGAGCAGACGCGCUGAUUACCCUCGCCAAUGGCAAGAAAUUCGACCCGCAACCAAUUGAGGACAGCCUGAAAUCUUCGAAUAAAAUUAUUCAAGAUGUACUUGUAUUUGGUGCAGGGCAGAACUAUCCGGGUGCUUUACUGUUCACUAGUCUCAACGACUGCUCUGACGACGAAUGCCUAGAAAGAAUAUGGCCAGACAUAGAGAAAACAAACAGCGAGUCACCCUACCAUGCUCGAUUGUCACGAAUAUCAUUAGCCAUAGUCCGAGUCAAUGAAGGGGAAGCUCCGAUACCCAAGAGCACUAAGGGGACCGUUCUUCGAAGCCAAGCUAAGGGCCAGUGGGCUGAGAUGAUUCAUCAGGUGUAUACCAGCCCGAGAAAUGCGAGCAAUACAGCUUCUGUACCAGACGAUGACCUCGUACAGUAUCUCGCAGAUCUAUUCAGAGAAGUCUUAGGCCGACAAAUUGACCCCGCAGAGGACAUCUACUCGCAAGGUGUUGAUUCGAUCGCUUGUGUGCAAAUCACGAAGCAGAUACAAGCCGGGCUUGUACCAGCGAAGGGAGAAUCGUUACCUCAGAAUAUUGUAUACAACAACGGCACAAUCCUGGCUCUGGCCAAUACCUUGAAGCGAAUUCGCCAUGGCGACAGUUCUUCGGUGGACGGCGGUGAGGAAGAGCUGGCUUUGAUGAGACGACUUGUUGAAAAGUACACGAUAUUUGGUGCUUCUGAGGUCAAGAGAUCGUUAAGGAGAGAUACCGUUGUAGUCUUGACAGGGGCCACAGGCGGCCUAGGCGCCCACAUAUUACAUGAGCUCAUCAACGACUCGCGAGUAACGAAGAUAUACUGUCUCCUGCGCGGACAGUCACAAUUCGCAGCAAAACAACGUAUCUCCAAAGCACUUAUCAAGCGCAAACUACGAACAGAGGAAGAACUAGAGAGUUCAGGGGCAUUUGUCAACAGGAUCACAUGUCUGCGCUGCGACUUGGGCGCCUCGGACCUGGGCCUAUCGGACAACGAUCGCUCUUGUAUCAUCAACGGAGCGACUCACAUUAUUCACGCGGCCUGGACUGUGAACUUCACUCUAGGACUCACGUCUUUCGAAACCCAAAUUGCGAAUACUCGGGAUCUAGUCGGUAUAGCACACGCCAGCGGCGCAGACUUCUUCUUCAUCAGCUCGACUGCAGCCGUGUGCGCCGCGGCAUCUAAGACGGUGCCGGAAAGAGUCUCAUCGGAGCCCGGAGAUGCAUCCGCCCUGGGAUAUUCACGGUCCAAAUGGGUUGCUGAGCAGAUAUGCGUCGCUGCACACGCGCGAGAGUGCAAAGACGGUUUGACGGGUUCGAGCACAGAACCCAAGGUUUCAAUUAUUCGUGUCGGGCAGCUUUGUGGGAACGAAUUUGGCGUUUGGAAUACUAGCGAAGCGUACCCGUUGUUGCUUUCGACGGCGAAGUUAACAGCUUGUCUCCCCGACCUACCGGGAGAGACCCUGGAUUGGCUACCCGUUGAUACAGCAGCAACGGCAGUUAUCGAGAUCGCCCUACCCCGUGAAGAUAGUGUCGCUACGCCGCAGUCGAACUACACGGAUACUCCCGUGUAUCACGUCCUCAACCCCAACCAGUCGCCUUCAUGGCGCCAGAUGCUUGAGUGGUUACCGAGGGAGCCGGAGGGCCACUCGCUUGAGAUUGUUUCGGCGUCGGAGUGGAUGAAACGCCUUGAAGCAGCACUAACGGGUGACCCGGCAUCGAAACAUCCCAGUCAAGCGCUUGUUGGGAUGUGGAAGCAGCGAUAUGGUCUCGAAGGCGACGUGGAUAAUACAGAGUCUUCGGUCAGGCAGCCAGCUUUUGAAGUAGAGUCUACGCAGCGUGUAUCCCAGUCGAUACGCGAAUUACAGCCGUUGGAUCGUCACCAAGUAGUUCGAAUGUGGGAAUGGAUACGAGAGAAUUGUUAGAGGUUGAAUUGGUAUGGGAAUUAGGUAACUAAUUGGAACCUAUCAAUUAUUAUAUGAUGUACUGCUCAGAAAUGAUGGGGUGUGUACAUUUAGCAAAGAUCGGAUUUUAUCUCAUCCCUGAUCACGUCUUGAAUAGCUGUAAUAUUCCAUUCAAGCCCAUCUCAUCGUUCUCUCUUGUUUGAUGAUGCCCCCUGAUAUCCUAUCUUCAGAAUUGGGCUGUCAUUGAAUAGGAAAAUCAUGCUAUCAUCAGCUAU